AUGUAUGAUCACGGAGCCGAUGUCAACUCGCAGAGCGGGCUUUUCGGCACCACUCUCUAUGCUGCUUCUGAGAACGGCCACAAGAAAGUCGUGCAAUUGCUGCUAGACAAAGGCGCUGAUGUCAACGCACGGGGCGGGUUUUUCGGCACCGUUCUUCAGGCUGUUUCUAUGGCAGGUCACAAGGCAGUUGCCCGAUUACUCAUAGAUCAGGCCGCGGAUGUCAGCGCGAUGGCGGAUGGUGUUUCCGCCCUUUCUUUGGCUACCAAAUUUGAGACAGAAAAGUGA